UCAUAAUUCAUUUUGCGAGUCGUUAUAUCUGCUUUAUGAUGUACUAUAUUUUACAUUUUUCUAUACGUUUCACGCUCGUUGCCGUGACAGCGAAGAGGAUAUCUGUGGCUGUGAUUACACAUUUUUUAUAAUGACUGAAAAUUCAUUAACUCCACAGAUCACAGAAGUUUCGUUGCUGGGCCGUCUUAUGCGUUUCAAAAGUAUGUGUAACAUCCACAGUUCAUCUGUGGUAGCAAACUGUUCCGUGGCAGCAGCAGGGUGAAAGCCAUGCAGGGCGUACAGGAACGUAAAGGAAUAUGGCUGACGAUAGGGAACCUCCCCCUCUGUUUAAUAAUGUGGAGAUUGACCAGCGUGAUGACGACAAUGAGGAUUUGUUUAGUUCGGCAAUCGAUGUGGAUGUAGGUGUUCUUGAUGGUGAUGGACAAGGUCCUUUCAAUGGGACUUCGGAAGCCCCAAAACUUCAUCUGUCACAGGAUGUACCUGACCUAGACAUUGUUCAAGUAGACAGGCCAGCUCCAGCUCCACAAGCGAAGCCUUUAGAUGAGCUGGAGAAGGAGUGUGGUGACCAAUUCAUAGAAGUGACAGUAACAGAGCCUCAGAAACUUGGAGAAGGAAUGGGAGCAUAUGUAGCUUAUAAAGUUAUUACCAAAACUAAUAUGCCAAUCUUCAGGAAACGAAGUUUUAGCGUCAUGAGACGUUUUAGUGACUUCUUAGGUCUUCAUGAUAAGUUGGUGGAAAAAUAUUUACGUAUGGGACGUAUUAUUCCACCAGCCCCAGAAAAGAGUGUAAUAGGUAUGACGAAGAUAAAAAUGUCUAACCAAGCUGAGCAGGGGUCAUCCGCUGAAUUUGUAGAGAAGAGGAGAGCAUCAUUGGAGCGGUAUUUGAAUCGAACAGCAGCACAUCCCAUUCUUGGUGUUGAUCCUGAUUUUAGGGAGUUUCUAGAAACAGAUAUGGAACUACCCAAAGCAACCAAUACAUCUGCUCUCAGUGGUGCUGGAGUAAUGCGUCUGUUCAAUAAAGUCGGUGAAACUGUAAACAAAAUAACAUACAAGAUGGAUGAAAGUGAUCCAGAGGAGCAACAGUGGUUUGAAGAGAAAACACAACAGAUAGAGAAUCUGGACACACAGUUACGAAAGUUACAUGCAAGCGUGGAAACAUUAGUUUUGCAUCGCAAGGAUUUGGCACUUCUUACUUCAGCUUUUGCUAAAAGUGCUGCCAUGCUAAGUAACUGUGAAGAACACACUUCCCUGUCACGAGCUCUUUCUCAGCUAGCGGAAGUAGAAGAGAAGGUGGAGGCACUUCAUAAUGAGCAAGCCAAUGCAGAUUUCUCUGUUUUGUGUGAACUUCUGAAGGACUAUAUUGCACUCAUUGGUGCCAUUAAGGAAGUAUUCCAUGAACGAGUAAAGGUGUACCAAAAUUGGCAACACUCACAACAGAUGCUGAACAAACGAAGAGAACAGAAAGCAAAGCUUGAACUGUCAGGCAAACCAGACAAGGGCAACCAAGCCAGCGUGGAAGUUGUUGAAUGGGAGGCCAAAGUAGAUCGUGGUCAAGAAGAGUUUGACAAUAUUUCAAAGAUGAUAAAGAAAGAAAUGGAGCGGUUUGAAGUGAACAGAGUGAAGGAUUUCAAAGCCAUUAUAAUCCAAUACCUGGAGAAUCUGAUGACCCAUCAGCAGCAGCUAAUCAAGUACUGGGAGGCAUUUCUCCCAGAGGCAAAAGCAAUUGCUUGAUCCCCUUCAUAUGAUAUUGGACUGUUGGGUAUCAUGACAGUUUCCAGCACAUGCAUUCCUGUUCACAUGGUUGAUGUUUCCAUUUAUUCAAGCUCACUGUUAAAUGUGAGAAACAGACGAAUAUGGUCAAGUUUGCACACACAAACAUGCUUUCUCUUUAGCUUUCAGUGUGUGUAAAAUUAAUGCAAAUAUUAAUUCAAGAAAUUGGAACUUCUAGAGUCUGUAACUGUACAGUGUAAAAAUGCAUAGUGUAUAUAAAUUGUACCUGUGUUUUGAAGGUUCCUAAUAUUCAGACUUCUUAUAUUAUUACCUGGUUUUUCAUUUCCCACGUUGAAGAAAAGUCCUAUUUUAUGGGGCCUGGUUUUGAUGGCAGAUUUUGAAAAUGACAUCCAAGAAUAAAUGUUUGUAUAAACAAUAAAUUAAGCUAUUUAGGUCUGUAUCUGCAUUGGCAUGUUAUGAUGAAGGUGAAUAUAUUGUCUCAUGUGGAGCUCAAAAUGAUGUCCUCCUGUUACUUGAGCUCCACCUGAGUUACUUACUGUUAUCUUGUUGAGAGUGUUUAAGGUUGAUAACAUCCAUGUUAGUUAGGUUUUGAAAGAUCUGUCACAUGAACCACAUGAUAUAAUUCACUUUGUUUUUGAAGUUUCCAAAACAUGUAGGAAUUUUAGAAUUCAAUUCCAAUCUAUAGAUAUUCUUCACUGCCACAUAACGAAGUUUUGCUUCACUUUGAUUUAAUAAUUGCUAGCCUCAAUAUAUACAAGUAUUUUGUUCCUGUGCAUGAUUUUAAGCUCACUUGGCAGUGCCCACAUUAGCAACACCAUGAUGGAAUUUUGUAAUGGUAAAAUAUUUGAGUUUUGGUGUUCAAUUUGGCUAAAAUCAUAAAGCAGUGACAUAACUUUGAAAUUAUGAAUAUUAUUUUUGGUCCUUUGUUAAGGCUGUAUAUUUAAAACUGUUGAAUAAUAUUCAAAGUAUGUGUUUUCAAACAUUGCAAGGUGUGAAAUUAUGCUAGGGUGUCUUAUCCAUUGGAAUUUAAAAAAGAAAGUAUGAAUUUUUGUUUGUGAAUGCCAGUAAAUAUAGCAUAUUUAGACAAUACUAAAAUGGAAGUACAUGAAUACUGUUUGUAGAAUGAUUUGUAUGCAAGGAUAACGAGGAUGUGAUCUCAUUUUUAAUAGAAUUUUCUUGUUUCAAAUGGAUGCACUAUUCAGUAGUGUAACAUUCAGUUACAAAGAGAUGUGUUUAAGAAUUAUAGGAAUAUUAUAUUAGUAUUGUUUUGAAUUAAACACGUGAAUUCCCUCCUUUGUUGAUUUACAAUAGUGUGUGAUCUGUUACAUUGAUGUUCAGCAAUUAUUGUGUCAUUUACUGUUGCCUGUAAUGUUUGAGACUGAAUGGAAGUAAUUUAGUCUUGCCAUUUCAUCAGUUAUUUUCUUUUAAAUAAGAUAUGUAUUUGACAUUAAAUAUUGGGCAUUAUUUA